AUAUAAAUAAUUUAACAACUUAAAUUAAAAAAAAUAAAAAUCCCGGGCGUAGCCCGGGUUAAUCCCUAGUUAUUUUAAAAUAAAAGUUUCGUUAAUCAUUGAUGCUUUAAUAAUGAAGUCGGUUCGGUUAAACCAAUGCAAACUAUUUAAGGGUCUGCGUCAAGGGUCUAGUAGAGUUUAGAUACCGGUUAACUGGGUUGAAAUAUUAAGCGGCCGAGCCAGAAUCAGAAUCACGUUUUAUGGGCCUCAAAGAGACCUGAACCGAAGGUCGACCCAAUUAAGCUGGUCAACUUUUUCUCAAAUGGCCCGUUUCAAUUUAUUUAUUUGUUUGUAUUUGCAUCUGUAUCCGCACCAUAUGGCUACAUACAGUAUCAACGAGUGUGCGACUGUGUGCGCUUGAGCUUAUAUUUAACUGAAAUUUGAGUGUGUGUUUUCAAGUUUAUGGGUAACGCCAUUGAUAAAAAAAAGAAGUAUAUAUAUAUAUAUAUAUAUAUAUAUAUAUAAACGCCAACUACACAUGUUGCAAAAGCAUGUAUACGAAGAACAAUAUUACAAAAAUGAAAUUUAAGGGGGGAAAGCAAGAACCAGAAAAAAGUAUAGAAGUUAAGCUAAUUUGUCGUAUAGCGAGGAACGGUUCCUUUUUGGCCGGUCUCUUCCGACCAAUCCGACGUGAAUUUUUAUGUUCUUUUUCUGACCAAUCUUACGUUUCAUGAGAAGACUCACGUUCCAGUCACAUUGAUCUUCUUCGUUUUGGAAUUUGUCAUGCACUACGCUUUGUUGGAACUUAUCACCAAAGCAUUGUUUAUGAUUCGUCAUGUACAUGUCUAAGAGAUAAAGUAACUAAGGUGGGGGUAUUGGAUUUAGAAAUUUGAUAGUGAGUUUAGUGUAAACCUUGUAAAUUCUAUAAACGGAAAAUUUGAAAUGAUCAAUCGAGAUACAACUUCAACACGAAAUUCUCAGCCUCUAAGAUGGAAUUAAUUCAAGUGCUCCUUCUCAGUCAUUUCACCACUGUUUUUACAUGUGACACUUCACUCAUAAUGGAAUAUGUAUUCACUUAAAAACAUCAAAAUCUUUCAUAUAUAUACUUCAUUUUUUUCAAUUAACCAGAAGGUCCGGCGACAAAAGUCAACCGACUAAUCUGUGGACUCCAGCGAUGCUGACAUUUGUAAAUUUUCUGGUGGCUAACGAGAAUCGAACUGCGGGUUUACCGGAUUAUCUCUCAAGUGUCACUAAAAAAAAUCUUUCAUAUUCCAGUCUGUAUCUUUAAAACUGUUGAUAUAGGAUCAUAAUAUUUUGAAAAGGCUUUUGGUAAUGUAAAUACGUUGUCUGAAGGUUUGUAUCAUGAAAACUAAAUUGCAAUGAAGUGUAAACUCAUUUUGUCGAUAACCUACAAGAAACUAAGACCAUCCGCAACGGUGGUUUUAACACAAUCCUUAGUAGCUAAUCCUUAACUAUUAGGAUUAUAAUACUAAUAUUUAGCCGAGAAAAGCUAAGGAUAAGUCCUAAGCUAAGGAUUAAAAUGUGUUGGUCCUUGUUGACGUGGCAGGAGCAAUUGGGUCCAACUCGUGUAGGGUUUCGCGACUUCAUUUCAUUUGGACGCAACACGAAAAAAAAAAAAUCAGAGACGGCAAUUAAGACGAUCUUUCUCUCGACCGCUGAGAAGAGAAAUCGAAGGGUUGUCGUCACUAAAGAGGAUACUCGAAGGGUUCUCGACGGUAGCGAAGGUAAAUCGAAGGAUCCUCUUGUUGAUUUAGGGAUUUACGCUAGGUUUCAUUUUGGUUUCUUCUCAAAUUAGGGUUCGGAUUUGGGAUUUCAAUCGAUUUACAUAAUUUUUGGAGAUCAGUUAGCGUUUGAUAACGAUUUGUUUCUGAAUCUAUUUUGAAUCUAAUUUUUCAAUCAAUUGGGGGAUUUUUGCGAUUGUAGUAACUGUUUCAAAAAGAUUAGUCUUUUAUAAAGAUUUCUAAUCCUCUUAUCCUAUGUGUUCUGACUCUAUUGAGCUUAUAGAAAUGUAGUCCAAAAGUUGUUUGAUUAUGUGAAUUGUUUUAACGCCUCUGUUGCUAUGAUUUCAGGUUAAGGAAACAUGGGACGAUAUAGCUACAGCCAGCCUUCAUCAUCAGAGGAGUAUGAUAUAGAUAUAACUUCGCUUCUUCAAGCGGAAGCUGAUCUCUACUCUGACGAAGCUGACAGUAGGGACAACAUAGCUGAGGCGGUUGAGUACCUUCCUCAACCUGAGUGUGAUGACGGAAUCCCCAAGACCUGCUACUGUGGUGGUGAGGCAGUUGUUGAAACUUCUUACACAAGCAAAGAUCCAGGGAGAAGGUACUUCACUUGCGGGAAUGCGGAUGAUGGAGACUGCCAUGUGUGGAAAUGGUGGGAUGUGGCGGUCAUGGAGGAGUUGCGUGAUUAUCAGAGACAACUUAGGGAGGUAAAGGAUCAAGCUAAUGAGAGUGACGAGAAGCUGGUUAAGGUCGAGCAGAUUGUGGGGCAGUUAGCUAAGAAGAAAACAGGGAUUGCAAAUGGCUAUCCAUUGCUUGUAUGUGUGUUGCUUAGUGUAGUAUUUCUACUAUGUAUGGUGAUCAUGUUCAAGUGGGUUGCAGAGAAGGAGAACGUGUUAACAGAGAGCAUGGAAGAGCUUCAGGAAGAGCUUCAGAGGAUGAAAAUGCGACUGUCUGACCUUUAGAAGGUAGUACAAGGUCACGGGUGUGAAAGGAAGUCACGGGUCUGUUUUGCUGUUUUCCCAUUCACGGGUCUGAAGGAAGUCACGGGUGUGAAGUUUCACUUCUAUAAGUGAAGCUGUUUAGUCGUUUUAGCUAUGUAUCUCCUUUGUUUCCUUAGUUUUCUUUCUCCUAUGCAACUGUAUUCUCUUCCUAGUUAAUGUAUGGUACUUGUAAUGUCGGAUUUGAUCUCUAAACAACUUGCUUCUCUUUCAAUCAAACAGACUCUUCUCUAUUAACUUUUCAUACUUCAAAUCAAACACAAAUCAUCUCCUUAAACUGAAAAACCGACAGGUACAAGGAAGGAGAAGGCAAAGCGAAGACAAACCGACAUUUUGUAAAACUGAAAAACCGACAGGUUCAAGGUCGCAGGUUCAUGUUUAUUAUAUAUAAUCUUGCCAACUCUCAAAUGAAAAACCGGAAUUUUGAUUAAGAAAGUAGCUUAAAUUUAAAAUAUCAUGCACAGUUUAUUAUAUAUAAUCUUGCUAACUCGUGGAAAUUUUUUUUAAAUAGUUAGGAUUAUAAUAAAAAAAAUAAGCUUAGUUUCCAUUAUAUUUAUAAUUUUAAAAUCGUUAUCCAUUUUUUUAAAUCUUAACGGAAAUUUUUUUUGCAGGAGCUACUACAAAAAAAAUGUCAUCAUCGUCGUCCGAUGAAGUUGAAGAAAGAUUGGACGAAAUUAUCGACGAUAUCAUAGACGAAACCUACAUCAACAUUGUGGAAGGCCAACCCUCUAAGCCGAGGACACGCGCUUAUAUAGAACGAGACCGCGAAAUAGGACACAACCAAUUAUGGAAUGAUUACUUCAGCGAAGAUGCGACAUUUCCGCCAUAUUUAUUCAGACGCCGUUUCCGUAUGAACAAAGAAUUAUUCUUGCGUAUUGUCCAUCGCCUCUCAGAACACGUUCCAUUCUUUCAACAAAGAAGAGAUGCAACGGGGAGGUUUGGUCUUUCUCCACUACAAAAAUGUACGGCUGCUAUUCGUCUCCUAGCUUAUGGUUCUGCAGCUGACGCGGUUGAUGAAUAUCUCAGAGUUGGUGAAAGCACGGCAAUUUCGUGUUUAAAGCAUUUUAAUGAAGGAAUAAUUCGGUUAUUUGGUGCUGAGUAUCUACGAAGACCGACAGAAGAGGAUCUUCAGCGACUACUCCAUAUUGGAGAGAUACGCGGGUUUCCUGGGAUGGUAGGAAGCAUCGACUGUAUGCAUUGGAGGUGGAAAAAUUGCCCAACGGCUUGGAAAGGACAGUAUACCCGGGGAUCAACAAAACCGUCAAUUGUGUUAGAGGCAGUAGCUUCACAAGAUCUUUGGAUAUGGCACGCUUUCUUCGGUCUUCCAGGUACCUUAAACGAUAUUAAUGUCCUCGAUCGGUCUCCUGUUUUUGAUGACAUUAUUCAAGGUCGGGCUCCGAGGGUAGAGUACGUGGUCAACGGACACAUGUAUAAUUUGGCGUACUACCUCACAGACGGUAUUUAUCCAAACUGGUCAACAUUUAUCCAAUCUAUCUCACUCCCUCAAGGUCCUAAAGCAGAGUUAUUUGCUAAAGUUCAAGAAUCAAUCCGAAAAGAUGUGGAGCGGGCUUUUGGAGUUUUACAAGCUCGAUUUGCGAUUGUGAAAAACCCGGCACUUUCAUGGGACCAGGAACAGAUAGGGAAGACUAUGAGAGCAUGUAUCAUAUUGCACAAUAUGAUAGUCGAAAAUGAACGAGAUGGAUACAACACUCAGUACGAUACAUCUGAAUUUGAAGAAGGAGAUGUAGCCAGCAGUUCACGAGUGCAUAAGUCUCGUGGUACAGACAUCCCUCCAAGCAUCAAUGAAAUGCGUGCCAUUCGGUUUCAGGUUCGCGAGACGGAAACACAUCACCAAUUGAAGAAUGAUUUAAUUGAAAAUAUUUGGAACAAAUUUGGGGAUGAAAAUUAAUAGUUAUUGUAAUUUGAUAUGUUUAAUCAUGUAAUAAAUAAAUUUUUAUAUCUUUUUUAAACUUUUUAAAAAUUUAUUAAUUUUUUAUUCUUAAGGACUCCAAUGGUAGUAACACCAUUGGAUAUACAAAUUUCAUUAAAAUCCUUAACUCUUAAAAAAAAAAAUAAUAAUAAAAUAUAUUUAAGGACUCCAAUGGUAGUAACACCAUUGGAGAUGCUCUAAGAUGUCCAGUAUAGAUAACCUAAGACUAAUAUUUUAAUGUUUAGCAGCUAUUUUAUAAGUGGUUUGUUUUUCAGUCCGUGACUUGCAUGAUGAUAGUUUUUUUUUUAAAUCAAAUAAUUAAUUUAUGUUUCAUGUUCAGAGCAAACUUAGUUAUUCUAAUUAUAUACAUAUAUAUUGUUUUGUUUUAACUUUUCUAAUUUCAAAUUCAAAGUUUUCAGAGUUGGUACAUGACCGGACAUGAUAACGGGUGGUCGAGAGGUCUCAGCAAAUAGAUGUUCAAGCAUGCAAACAUAUGCAAAGAGAAUAUUUUGUAAAUCACUAGCUAGGCACGAACAUAUAUUUUCUUUCGAAAUAUAUGAAAUUUCACAAAUUAUGUUUUACUGUCGGUUCAGCUACAAAAAUAUUACUCAAUAGGUUCUGGUUUUCCAUCGACAUAUAUAUCGAAAUCUUACAAAUCAAAAUCUAUCACAAAGCAGUUUUGCGACAACAUAUAUUGUGACAAAAUGUUCUAAUUAGUUAUUUGCUAUGGACUAUCAAGUAAUCCAUAUCAUAUAUCAUGCAAAAAAAAUAUUCUAAAACUGAAAAUAAGUGUACUAUUAGAUCUAUUGCGACACAAGAUUAUUCUGUUAUAGUGAUAAGUUAUAUUGUCACGUUUAAGAUAACCAAAAAAAGGAAAAAAGGAAAAAAGAAUAUGCUAUAUGAAGUACGGACUGCAACAGAGCUUAGAAUGAAAUCUCGAUCAUACAUUCAUGUAAUAUUCUUGGAAUAAUGCUUAGAUUUAGUGCCAGCAACAUGAAAAAGAUGUUUUUACGAAUUCUAAAGUUAGAACUAAAAAGAAUGGACGAAACAACCAUUGUUUAAAAAUAGAUCUUGAACGUAAAUUCACCCAACACCUAAUUAUUUUACAAAAUCAAUGUUUUAUAGAGAUCGGCUCGUCAAUUUAAUAAAUAUCUCCUUACACGUCUUCUUCAUGCCUACGAACCAUUCUCAAAUAUUCACAUAUCAUAGCAAUUAGCAUCAUGCAUUAUUCAUAAUGCGGGUGAUAUGACCAUGUUUUCUCUAUAUAUAUUUGUAAGAAUAUGUAUCACUUUCCUUAAAUGUGUAUCACUUUCAUUAAAAUAAAUUAAUUCAGAAAUUACAUUUUUGGAAUACUUUCUGAUCUCAGGAAAUUUUAGUAGGAAUAGUUCAAUAAGAAAAUAUCAUUGUUACUUAUAAGUUCUUCCUUAUAGCAUUGAUCACUUAUCAGCCAUAUGAUGAUCAGUCUCAUUGAUUUGAAUCAUUAUUUUAUAUGUUUAAUUAAUCAAUUAUCAUUAUCUAAUCAUUCAUAAUAAACAUUGAGAGCACUUUGUUUGACCAAAACUGAGAGAAUUCACAUGAAAGCAUCUUGAAAAUGGACAAUUUUUACAAUAAUAUUUAUUAUCUUACAUAAAGUUGUCUGAAUAUUUUAUUUAUAUCAAAUUAAAACAUUAACUGCUGUAAAGUUAGAAGCAAACAUUCUCAGCCUUUGGUUUGAGAGCUUCUAUG